AUGGCUCGUUCUCGUCGCAACGCAGUUUCAACGAAUGCCGCAUGGAGCGCAGCCCAACCACCGGCAGCUGCAGCCCCCGAUGAUGACGGCUGGGGCCCUGUGGCCGAUGAAGGCUCUGACAUGUGGGGCGGGGGAUCUGCGGCAUCUGCUGCGGGCGGCGCAGACAUGGACUGGGGGAUGCCCGGCGGUGCGGCGGUAGGAGGGUGGGAUCAGCCAGCUUCGGCUUGGACCCCGGCAUCUGCCAAAGAGAGUGGGGAUAAGAGGGGCGGAUCAGCCUUCUCGGCAGGGGGAUGGGACGAGCCGCAGCCAUCAGGGUGGCCCGGCCCGGCCCCUCCUCCCGCACCACCACCUCCGCCCAUGUCUGCGCCGUCCCUCGCUGGUCGGCCAUCUGGACCGUCUGGAGCAUGGAAGAACUGGGGGAACGAGGCGAGAGGGCUCCCGAAGGUGAUUACUGCUACUAGUUCGGUGCCUCCUUCCGCUGCGAGCGCAGCCCCCUUCCUGACUGCUGCCGCUCCGAGGAGCAGGCCUAUGCUGUCUCCGGAGCAGCAGUCGCAGCGUCUGCAGUCCCUGCUUACGCACCCGACACAAACUAAGGCUGUUCCCCUACAGUCUCAACCCGGGCCACCCGCGGAUCGGCAGCAGCAAGCCGCCAUGCACCAACAAGCGGUGGCAGCCCUACAACAGCACAUGGAGCAGCAGAGGAGGCUUCAGACGAUGCCACAACAAGCUCGGGCGCAGCCACCAGCACAGCCAGCGAUGCACCGACAAGGCUACCCUUCGCAGGUGCACCGCGCGCCUCCCAUGCAGCAAGCCGACAGCUGGGGCAGCAAUGGCUCGGGGGCUGGAGGCUGGAACUCCAACUGGCCUCAGCCGAUUCCAGAAGAAGAGGAGGGCGAGGAAGAAGAGGAAUACGACGAGUACGACGAGGAAGAAUACGGCAACGAUGGCUACGGAUACGGCGGUGGCGAAGACGGAGGAGGUUAUGGGCAGCGCGUGCGUUUCUCGCCAGCAGUCUCCUAUCACACAGAGCCCCCUACCGCGCGCGGUCCUCGUCCAUAUGGGACACCCAUGUCGGCACCACCACCUCCGCCCCCUCCGCCUGCUGCUGCUGCUGCUGCUUUCACGCCGUCAGCCUAUCCCCAAGCGAUUCACCCGUCAUUCUGGACCGACGAAAAGGCAUCAAAGACUAUGGACAUGGCGACAGGCCGACAUACGACUGUGUUCGAGCUAGCGUCGCCCCGCAACGGCCUUGGCGAGAAUGCGUUCAUCGAAUCGCGCGGCCAAGCAUUGAUGCAUGCGCAGCGCGCCUUCUUCAGCCGCAGCCGCCCCGCGAAGGAGCGGAUCUACUGGGCGUUCAAUCCGAAUAAGGACGACCGCGUCGCGUCGCUGUUGCGGUGGGUGCAGGCCAUGUCGAACGGGCUCGCGACAAUUGGUCUUCAGAAGUUCUUGCAGACGGGAGAACGCGGCGCGCUCAUCACCAACGCUGACCACCGUGUAGGCACUCCGGCUCAACCUGCCUUCGACUGGAUCAAUAUGGCGCAGCUUCAGCUAACGCUCGAUCGCAUCCUGCAAGAGUCUGUCGCGCUGUAUGACCCUUCUAUGCAGGUCAUCGUUUUUGUCUUCUUGCUCUCGAAUAGUGGAAACAGUAUGGCCGUUUGGAGGAGAAAACUUCCUGUGCCUGAGAGUCUACGCCAGGCCUAUGAACAAGAUAUCAUGGCGGCGAAGGAGAACCUCGAGCAGGAUUACCCUGUUUAUGUUGAAGAAUUACCGCCCAAGCCGGAGGAGAAGCCGAAAAAGAAACGCAACCUCCUCAGCAAACUGAACCUCUUAUAUAACGUAAGAUCGUGGGUCAUUCUUGGAAGUCUCGUGUUCGAUGCAUACAGUCAAGUCUGGUUGUCGUCUACGUUGACGUUUGGCGUCUCGUUCGCGCAAGAUAAGGCCUUCACGUGUCAGAAGGUCAGACACCUCCUUCCGUAUGCCCUCGUUCGCAAGCGACUCGCACUCCUCCAUGACCAAGUAGCGAAAGCGGCCACUGCCGAUGCGCUGAUGCGCAGAGAUAUACACAACCUAGUCACGGAGAACACCCUGAUGAGGGGGGAACUAGCGAAGACGCUAGGCGAGCGCGGCGCUGGUCUGCAAGACAUCAGGAAACAACUACAACUCUUGGAGGAGCACCACAGGGCAGGACUGGAGGGCGUGGAGGAUAUAAAGGAGCAGGUCCGGCAGGGAGAGAUUGCCAUAUUCCGCUCACUAAGCUUGCGUGUCAUUGGUAGACAUCCUCGGGCACGUGUGGGGUCAGAAUGCCUGUCAACCAGCCCACCAUCGAUCAGCCCGACGCCCGUCGGAUUCCAGAUAGACGCGUAUGGUUCCGCGCAGCCCGUGGACGCCCCGCGGGGAACACAUACUCCAUACUUGACGCUCCUCUGUCUCGGGACAAUAGCACUUGCCCCGUACGUACUCGCACGGAGGCGCCUCGUCUCGCUCCAGACCGAGGUCGCGGCGUUACGUAUCGAGCGUGAGGAAACGCUGCGUCGUAACAUGCGGUGGCGUGCGCUGUUGGCGUCGGCACAGCGCACGGAGCAUCGGAAGGUGAUCGCACUGCUAGAGGAGACGAAGAGCUGCGUCGAAAAGCUGAGGGAGGAGACGGAGGACGGUCGGUCAACGAGGGCAGAUGCGGAGGCGAGGGUGCAGGGCGAGCUGCGGGGAAUGAGGCGGAUGCUCGAGCGGCUGGAGGCGGACGGAAUGCAGCGGGAUCAUAUGCGGGCGGAGUGGGAGAAGCUGCGGCGGAACGACCUGCGACAUCUUCUGCAAGACAAUCAGCGAAUACGAGCUCACCUGGGGGCCGUCAAGAACGUCGGGGCAUCACUCGCAGAUGUGGCGGCUUUCAUGCAUGAGGUCGAGCUGCAGCAAGGGUAUACACCACGUAAAGAUGACGGCCGAGGCAUUGAGCGUAUGCGGCAGGUGGCAAAGCGAUUGCAGGAAAUACCAGAUGUAGAGCGAGGUUUCACGGCGAGCUUUUGGGUAUGCUCGUCAUUUCUUCCAUCCAUUUUUUCGGGGCUAUCGAUGCGAUCGCACAUCAGCACCCUAUGCAGGGACAGACGGACGGCGCGAGUACACGACCUUGUUUUUCCGGUAUGGCACCAGGAAUUGCUCCAUCAGGUCGACAUCCACCUUGCCCCACCCAGCGUAUUCUCCAUCGUACAUAUCCCGGCAUCGCCGCGCGAAGAACGCGAAAUGAUACACGAGAACGGCGGGCCACUCGUACUGCGAUGCGAUCUUGACAAGAUGGCUGCUAUAGCGGAAGAAGUAGUACGGGAGCAUCGCCGGCGCGCCACACGCGAGCUGGUGCAGAGUAAGGAUGGAGAAGUACGCGUUCAGCGGCACGAGCAGAGCGUCGAGCGUUUUGUAGAGAUCGGUAGCCACAGGCAGCGUGGGGCCCAUGACGCUGUCCUCGAGCGCGGGGUUGACGAGGUCGUAUUCCGCCUCGAGUAUGCGGCGAGAGUCGAGCUUGUAGAUGUCGGCAGCGGGAAGCGUGUGUGCGAGUAUGGCAGCGAUGGUCUCGUUGUCGACGUGCGGGAAGAGGUACAGCAGGUCGCACAGGCCCUGGCUCGGCGGUGA